AAUUCGUGACACGAUCAACUGAAAGUCAGGACAGCGACAUCGCUACAAUUAUACCGUCUCUGAGAUCCUCGUACACAAAACUCUACAAUCAUGUCUGACGAUGAUGUUGCCGCUCUUGUUAUCGACAAUGGCUCCGGUAUGUGCAAAGCCGGUUUCGCCGGGGACGACGCUCCACGUGCUGUCUUUCCCUCCAUCGUGGGCAGGCCCAGACAUCAGGGUGUGAUGGUCGGUAUGGGUCAGAAGGACAGUUAUGUUGGAGAUGAGGCCCAGAGUAAGAGAGGUAUCCUCACCCUGAAAUACCCCAUUGAACACGGUAUCGUCACAAACUGGGACGACAUGGAGAAGAUCUGGCAUCACACCUUUUACAACGAGCUGCGUGUGGCCCCAGAAGAGCACCCCGUCCUUCUGACGGAGGCCCCCCUCAACCCCAAAGCCAACAGAGAAAAGAUGACACAGAUCAUGUUUGAAACCUUCAACUCCCCAGCAAUGUAUGUGGCUAUCCAGGCUGUCCUUUCUCUGUAUGCUUCUGGUCGUACCACAGGUAUUGUGUUGGACUCUGGUGAUGGUGUGACCCACACUGUCCCCAUCUACGAGGGUUACGCUCUGCCCCAUGCCAUCAUUCGUCUUGAUCUUGCUGGCCGAGAUCUUACAGACUACCUCAUGAAAAUCUUGACCGAGCGUGGUUAUUCGUUCACAACCACAGCCGAGAGAGAAAUUGUGAGAGAUAUCAAAGAAAAGUUGUGCUACGUCGCCCUCGACUUUGAACAGGAAAUGCAGACCGCAGCCUCGUCUUCAUCACUGGAGAAGAGCUACGAAUUACCCGACGGUCAGGUCAUCACCAUUGGCAACGAGAGAUUCAGGUGUCCAGAAGCCCUCUUCCAGCCAUCUUUCUUGGGUAUGGAAUCUGCUGGUAUUCACGAAACCACAUACAAUUCAAUCAUGAAGUGCGACGUAGAUAUCCGUAAAGACUUGUACGCUAACACAGUUUUGUCUGGCGGCACCACCAUGUACCCCGGUAUUGCUGACCGUAUGCAGAAGGAGAUCACAGCUCUUGCCCCACCCACAAUGAAGAUCAAGAUCAUCGCACCACCCGAGAGGAAAUACUCUGUCUGGAUCGGUGGUUCUAUUCUGGCGUCUCUGUCCACCUUCCAACAGAUGUGGAUCAGCAAACAAGAGUAUGACGAGUCUGGACCAAGCAUUGUUCAUAGAAAGUGCUUCUAAAUUAACAUUUUAUACACUUCAAAGCAAUAUUGCUGACUUCACCUGACUGUGAACUAAAUGAUAUAAACUGAUGUGGGAGAAUCUCACAAAAUGACUUCCCGCAAAGUUAAAACAGCCAAAGAUCUGAAACUAGUCUAUAAAACAUCGGGUAAAUGGACGAAAAGGCGGUAAUCUCGGAAAUCCCUGUUCAUACAUUAUUUUUGCACUGGUGGCUUUGUGCUCCGGCAGUUCAAAUGACUUCUGAAAGUGACCGUGUCAUGGUUAAAAAAAAAAGAAAAAUACUCAAUUAAAAAAAUCUCUACAUUCCAUAA